GGGAGGAGGGUGGUGGUUAGGUGUCUAUUGAGUAGACGGCAGUGGGGCACGAAGAGCCGAAGGCCCUGCUGCCAGGCGGGUGAACUCUGCACUGGGCCUAGAGCCGGCAGGCGGUUCCGGAGUCAAGCCAGCGAACCCUGCGAGUAGGAGUCGGCCGCUGAGACCCUUAGGGCAGCAGGGGGCGAAGCCCCGGCCUAGGCCCCGCGGAGAUGUCGGGCUGCGGCGCUUGUACUUGCGGCGCGGCUGCCGCGCGGCUCUUCAGUUCCUCGCUCGCCUUCGCGCAGAGAGGUAUUUCUUGUGGUCGCAUUCAUAUACCAGUUUUAGGAAGGCUUGGGACCUUUGAAACUCAGCUUCUACAAAGAGCUCCUUUUAGAGCCUUUACAGAAACACCAGCAUACUUUGCCUCAAAAGAUGGGAUGAAUAAAGAUGGCUCUGGAGAUGGAAAUAAGAAAUCAGCAAAUGAGGGAAGCAGUAAGAAAUCAGGCUCUGGGAAUUCUGGGAAAGGUGGAAACCAGCUUCGCUGUCCUAAAUGUGGCGACUUGUGCACACAUGUAGAGACCUUCGUGUCAUCCACCCGCUUUGUGAAGUGUGAAAAAUGUCAUCAUUUUUUUGUUGUGCUGUCGGAAGCAGACUCAAAGAAAAGCAUAAUUAAAGAACCUGAAUCAGCAGCAGAAGCUGUAAAAUUGGCAUUCCAACAGAAACCACCUCCUCCCCCCAAGAAGAUUUAUAACUACCUCGACAAGUACGUUGUUGGCCAGUCAUUUGCUAAGAAGGUGCUUUCAGUUGCUGUAUACAAUCAUUAUAAGAGAAUAUAUAAUAAUAUCCCAGCUAAUCUGAGACAGCAAGCAGAAGUUGAGAAGCAGACAUCAUUAACUCCUAGAGAGUUAGAAAUAAGAAGACGGGAGGAUGAGUACAGAUUUACAAAGUUGCUUCAGAUUGCUGGAAUCAGUCCACAUGGUAAUGCUUUAGGAGCAUCAAUGCAGCAACAGGUAAAUCAACAAAUACCUCAGGAAAAACGAGGAGGUGAAGUAUUGGAUUCUUCCCAUGAUGACAUAAAACUUGAAAAGAGUAAUAUUUUGCUGCUUGGACCAACUGGGUCAGGUAAAACUCUUCUGGCACAAACUCUAGCUAAAUGCCUUGAUGUCCCUUUUGCUAUCUGUGACUGUACAACUUUGACUCAGGCUGGAUAUGUAGGUGAAGAUAUUGAGUCUGUGAUUGCCAAAUUGCUCCAGGAUGCCAAUUAUAACGUAGAAAAAGCACAACAAGGAAUUGUCUUUCUGGAUGAAGUAGAUAAGAUUGGCAGUGUGCCAGGCAUUCAUCAGUUACGGGAUGUAGGUGGAGAAGGCGUUCAGCAAGGCUUAUUAAAACUACUAGAAGGCACGAUAGUCAAUGUUCCAGAAAAGAAUUCCCGCAAGCUACGUGGAGAAACAGUACAAGUUGAUACAACAAACAUCCUGUUUGUUGCAUCUGGUGCUUUCAAUGGUUUGGACAGAAUCAUCAGCAGGAGGAAAAAUGAAAAGUAUCUUGGUUUUGGAACACCAUCUAAUCUGGGAAAAGGUAGAAGGGCUGCAGCUGCUGCAGACCUUGCCAAUCGAAGUGGAGAAUCAAACACUCACCAAGACAUUGAAGAAAAAGAUCGUUUAUUACGUCAUGUGGAAGCCAGGGAUCUCAUUGAAUUUGGCAUGAUUCCUGAGUUUGUGGGACGGUUGCCUGUGGUAGUUCCUUUGCAUAGCCUAGAUGAGAAAACACUUGUACAAAUACUAACUGAGCCACGUAAUGCUGUUAUCCCUCAGUACCAGGCCUUAUUCAGCAUGGAUAAGUGUGAACUGAAUGUUACUGAAGAUGCUUUGAAAGCUAUAGCGAGAUUGGCAUUAGAACGAAAAACAGGUGCACGAGGCCUUCGGUCCAUAAUGGAAAAGCUGUUACUAGAACCAAUGUUCGAAGUCCCUAAUUCUGAUAUUGUAUGUGUGGAAGUUGACAAAGAAGUAGUCGAAGGAAAAAAGGAACCAGGAUACAUCCGGGCUCCAACGAAAGAAUCCUCUGAAGAGGAGUAUGACUCUGGAGUUGAAGAAGAAGGAUGGCCUCGUCAAGCAGAUGCUGCAAACAGCUAAACUGUCAGACUUCUGUCGUGUAUAUAAAGUUUUCCUUCUUUUGUUUAGGAUCAUAACUGUCUCUACAGUCUGACAUUAAAAACAUUGGCUCUAUCUUGGAUAUGAUACAUGGUCAGAAGACUUUAGGAUAAAAAUCAGAUCAUGUAUAUUAUGUAACAUAUUGAUUUAUACAGACUGACAUUACAUGGACUUUAAUGACAGUGUUCAGAGAUAAAAUGUACAUUAUUUUGGUUCGGUUUUUAAAAUAUAUGCUUUAAAAAAAUUCUUAGGAGUUCGUUUAAGCAAUGCAGGUGUUGCAAUAACUGUGGAUUUUAUAAUGUUACUCUACAAAUGGGAAAAUAAAUUCUUUAAAAUUGGAGAUUGGGAUUCCAUUCUUUAGUUUAACUUUCUCUACCCACAUUUGUUUCCUGAAGAUACUAGACUAUUAAAGUUUUACUCAUCUUAAGAACUGGAGCAGGUAGUUUCCAAGUAGUUAAAGAUUUCAUGGAAAAAGUACCCCAAAGAACCAUAUGAUGAUUUGUUUAGCUGUAUUCUUAGUCUUAUCUGCUAAUACAUGACACUAACUUCCCCAUUGGUACUGUAAAAAAGGCCAUUCUCUUGCUGACUGGUCUGAUUUAUUUGCCAUCCUUGGUCCAUUUUAGUAUUAUGAGUGAGCAGAUGGAAUUGAAGUCUGCCUUAAAUCUUCAGAAAAAUACUACGUCUAAUUCGAAAAGUAGCAUGCAGCAUCAAUCAUAAUAGCCAUGUGCUGAACUAAAUAAAAUACCCCCAUGUUGUAUACUUACCUGAAGUAAUUAGUUUUUUGUUUUGUUUUCUGGUGCUGGAUAUUUGUCUAAUUUUUUGGCUUCGUAGAACAUUAAAGAAAACCUGUGCUUUGCUAUUGGCAAUGUGUUCAUACUAAAAUAUAAGUUAUUAACUUUAUAUAACAAAACUAAACAGUGGGGGAAAUUUUGAGAAGUUAACAAUGAAAAUUAUUUCAUUCGAUUCCAUAAAUAUUAAAAUAUUUGGGUACUUUUUAAACUUCUUUUCUGUCCCUCUGUAUUGAUACAGGUUUCUGUACUGUUCCUUUAGUUCAGCCUCAUUGGAAGUUGUUUAAAUCAGAGUACAUUUAAACAUUUGUUUUCAAUUUUUGGUUUAUAAACUCUUGAGUUUUCCUCUUGUGUCCCCCCCACCCCCCUUUUUCUUAGAAAAAGAACCUUAAGCUAUUAGCAAAUCCUAAAUCUUGUUGAUAGAAUUGGGUUUUCUGUGAUGUAAUAAAAGAUGUGAGAUAUCUAUUUAUGGCUUGGGUAGGACCAGAAAUGUACUUUUGCAAAGUGUUUCAGCCUGGUUGUUAUAGUACGGAACAGAAACUGGUAUCCUUUUUGGUCUCUCUAGUAAUGGUUAAAGUUCUUCUCAGGAAGUCUUUCAUGUUAUAACUGGUCAUUAUCUUUUUCUUAUAGGCUCAUCAUUUUCCUUUUUGUAGAGUGAAAAUUGGAAUAGCUACUAAAUACAUUAAAGGCAGUCCUCCAGAAAUGGGCUGGGAGACAUUUUAGUCACAACAACUUACAUUUGGUUUUGGAAGAUGUUAACAAACCAUAAUUGAUGUUUUUAAAUUAAACACAACAGUAUAAUACGAUUUGUAUCUUGAAACUUGUUUUGACAUUUGAAUAAAACAAAGGUAUUAA